CGAUCGUCUCUUUUUUUUAUUCCAACUGAGUUUCAUAAUUAUUAUUAUUAACCCUUGUUUCUUCAGCUAUAGUUUUACCUUCUAAAGUGAUGUGUAGUGUCGGUUAGUGUGGAAACAGAGCUGUCGUACAGUCUGUAAUCUGUAAUCAUAUAAGUUAGAGCACUCCAGCGACGCAGAAUUUUAUACGAUGAACUUAGUUUUGCUGUUAUUCUUGUUUGUGGCAGCGGUUCAAGACAGUUGAAAGAAGCUGGGAUGUCAGCUUAUAUCGCGGUUAUGACGCCCAGCAAAGCAGUGCAAUCUAGCGGUGUGGGCCUACCAGCAGGAGAAAGUCUUCAUUCUACCAGCGACUCCGCUGCUAGAUAUACCCCUACCACAUAACGGAGAACGCAGACCUAGCCUACUAAGUUAACGCAUAAGUAGGUUUCUUGGCCUGAGCUUCAGUUCCAGUAGUUUGUUGCUAGAACCUGACGCUAUCGUACUGCUGCGAGUCUGUGGCUGUUAUGGGCAUGAUUCUGCAGACAGGGUUAGCAUGACGUAGCGGCUACAGGGAUACAAAGACAACAUUUGUGACAGUUAAACUAGAAACAAUUGAAAAUCUAAGUGCACGCGGACACUGUGGAAUGAUAAAGAAAACAAUUGAAUUCUGUAACAACAUUCGUAUAAAAAUGGCGUAAAUGCCACCAGACAUGAACAAGAGACAGAUAACAGAGAUGAUAUUGAAAUACAUUAUUUUAUUUAAGAGUUUUAAUAGGUAGAAGAAGAAUGUAAAAAAAAAGAAGAAAUUUAAUGCCGGACAGUUUAAGAAAUUAGAAAUCGUUUUGUCGGAAAUAUUAAAAGUGGUGUUUAUUAUUGAAAAGCGACAGUGGCGCCUCAGGUCGUUGAGUGGGUCGACGGUGACACUGCUGUGACCUGAGAUCUACUUCAGUUGACCUUGGACGAGCUGAUAAGAGGUCAGAAGUUCAGCUACACAACAAUGACCUCUGGUGUUCAUAUCGUAGUGCUGGUGACUUUUCUUCAGUUUACGUGCAUAUGGGAGCGCGCGUCUGCAGGGGGAACUCCCUGGGCCACUCCUGAUCAGGAGGCCUUGGAUGAAGUGCGAGAUGCCGAGAUAUUGAAGGCCGUGGUGACCUCAAUGCAAGAAUGGCAUAAACGACACGUUUCUCAUAGGAGGAAACGCGCCGAAUCGUCUGUGUGUUACCCAGAAGUGGGCUGUUUCCAGGACUCGGGGCCCUUUGGGUACCUGGAUAUGCUCCCGUCUCCCCCCGAGGAGGUUUCGACAAGGUUCUUCUUGUACUCGGGCCGCGCCCGCGGGAACUCACCUGUCAUGGACGUCCCCUUCACUAACCUGACAGCCGUUUGGCCUUGGGCCGGUAAGGCCUUCAACUUGUCCGCGCCAACCAAGGUCAUAGUUCACGGCUUUGGUGGCUCCUGCAAUAAUGUCUGGGUUUACGAGAUGAGGUCUGCCCUGAUGACAGUGGAAGAAUGCAACGUGAUCUGUGUUGACUGGGAGGCGGGAGCUGUGAUUCCGAACUAUGUUCGGGCUGCAGCCAACACGCGGCUCGUGGGCAAACAGCUGUCCAUGUUACUCGCGGGACUGCACGGGCAUCUGGGGCUGCCUUUCCACAACGUCCAUGUGAUUGGGUUCAGUCUCGGCGCACAUGUAGCUGGUUUCGCUGGGGCAGAACUCAAAAAUCUCAGUCGCAUUACAGGACUGGAUCCUGCCGCACCCUUAUUUGAAAGUCAAGAUCCACGUGCUCGUUUGGAUUCAACCGACGCCAUGUUUGUUGACGUAAUUCAUUCGAACGGCGAGAACCUAAUCCUUGGAGGUCUCGGUUCGUGGCAACCAAUGGGGCAUGUUGAUUUCUACCCGAACGGAGGGCGAAUGCAGAAAGGGUGUACCAACCUCUUUGUUGGUGCUGUAACUGAUAUUCUUUGGUCUGCAUCCGAUGUGGAGGGGCGGAGCCUUUGUAAUCACAGACGAGCGUACAAAUUCUUCACCGAUUCUGUCUCCCCACGCUGCCACUUCCCCUCAUUCCCCUGUGAAUCUUAUGACAAGUUUCUGGAAGGGGAAUGCUUCCCCUGUAAUGACGACCGGAAGUGUGGCAACAUGGGUUUCUAUGCAGACCGUUCGAACGGCAGGGGAACGCUGUUCCUUGUAACGAGGGACGAAGAACCGUUCUGUGCGCAUCAGUAUCACGUGAGGGUAGAGAGUUCUCCCAACCCUGUUCCAGUCACGAGCUACGGCAAGAUUCAGUUAACGCUAAUUGGGAACUCCGAUAUCAACGAGACCUUCACUCUUACGCAGAAAGAUGAUGAGGAACUCAAAGUGGGGGGUUCUCUGGCGCGCAUCGCCGUGCCACAUCCGGUUCUGCAGGAGCCGAAGGGUGUGCAGAUCAUGUACUCUGCUUACAGCGGGUGGAUAUCCAGCGGUCUCGCCUCAUGGAACGUCGACAAAGUCACCCUCACCGACAGCUUCGGCAAGAGUAUGUCUGUCUGUAAGAAAGGUUUAGCCCUGGAAUCUGGCAUUCCAGUGAACCUGCCCCUCUACCCCGGCGAAUGCAACCCGCCCAAGGAUCUUGCUGUCGGCGACAAAGUCAACUGGACCACCUCUGCUCUUUCUACAGUGUCCUUCCAGCCAGCUGGAACUGAAACUGAACAUAAAAAUCCAAUUAAACAGUCUUCAACGCUCACGCCAUCAAAUAGCACAGAGAACUUUACAAAGUACGCCCCAACACUUGUUGUUAAGAUUGGAGAUGAGCUAAUUAAAGAGGACACUGCGAGCAAAAGUGCUCAAAACGUGGACAGUAAGUUAGAUUCUCUUGUGGAUGCUGCAAGUCUAGUGACGCCCCAGGCACUGGAAAGUCUAUCUUGGCAACCAAUAGAUUACCUUGACAACAGCAACGCUAACAGUUUGGAUGGUACACACAACAAGAGGGAAAAUUCUAGGUCAUUUGGCACACCAAUUACAAGAGUUGGUAUCCACGACAGAACUUCAGCAAACCAUUCAGUAAGUGAAGUUAAUAAAAACAUUACUGCAUUGAAACGUAAUAUAUCCAGCAGCCUAAAUUGGUCUGAAAUAGUUUCAGACAACCCCAAAACUAAAGAAUCAAUUUUAAUUCAUUCUUCAACAUCCAGUCCACCUGUCUGGCCCAGGGAGGGGACUCCAACAACGUCAACGAAAGAUGUGUUAGCAAAAAUAAACUCAACUUCUGACUCACAUCUUCACAGUAAACCAGAAAUAACUGAACCAGUAUUAAAUCCAAAAACAACCACAGCAACACGUUCAAAACUGGUUAAAGCUCGAGAAAUUUCAAGUACAGUUUCGGGAAAUUAUCAUGAACGUGACAUGAAAUGGAUGCCUGCAUUGGACCUCAAUCCGCCACCAAUAGGUAAUGGUCAAACAUGGCAACAUUGGGUUUCUGAAACCACAGCUCCUAGCAGUGCAAGUCUUAUUACUGCAGCCCCAGUUUCGGAAGACAAAUCAUAUGAUACGUUUGCUUCAUCAAAUGAAACAAAUGGAGAAGGUGGAAGACUGACAAUUACACCCACAACAACGAAUUCAAAAAAGUCUCAUUCAUUACCAAUAACAAUUCAAUUCUUUCCUCAUCGUUUAGCAGCCAUAUUGGCACAAGCUGAACGCUAUGCUAGGCUAACAUUCUCAUUCCCCAUGGCAGCAAUAAGUAAACUGGGUUAUUACAAGUCGCCUUCCACGGAUCCACCAGAAAGCGACCAGGACACUUCUGCUUCGAGCAAUGUGCUCUACAGACUCAAUACACAGUUUCUUUCAGAGAGUUCAGAAGAUUCAAACAGAGAGAAUCCCAGUCGUCAGACUCUGAGAAGACCGAAACACUUCACAACAGCAAGACCUAUUGUGGGAAAUGUAAAUACGAAGCCAAGUAGUCAAUAUGCAUCCAGCAGUUCUGAGAAACUGAGUCUCAAUAACAGGAAAACAGUUUCAACACCCGUUAUCGCUGAAUCCUCUUACAACAGCCAAAUGAAGGAAGCUCCAAUUCUGCAGCCUAGAUUGGACUUCUUUGACAAUUCACCUCAGAUGAAAGAUACAAAACAAAAGUUUCAUAUUUUUGUACCCUACACGUAUGCAUAUGUCUCUGAUGAUGACCAGGAUGGUACAGAAGAUUCUGAAAUGGCUCGCUAUAUCCCGUUACUGAGGUAUCCUUACAUGACUCAUAAUGGUAAAUAUGACAUCUGGCAGAGCUAUGGUAGGACAAACAGCAACGACAGUCAGAACUCGUCUGAAAAACCUGAAGCUAGUAUCAAAGUUAAACAGUUUAAUGGCGAUAAAGAUGAUGAUACAGUUUACAAGAAAUACUUUAGCAUAUUUCAUCAAUACCCAACAAUAACAGAAAGAUGAUUUUGACGGAUAAUUACACUGAAUUACAGUGGCUGACAGAUCAACAUAAACCCCAGCUACAAUUUCUGUGGCUUUCUCUGUUUCUCUCUUUAUAGUGGACACAGAAACAAAAUUAUUCAUGUGUUUAUAGGAUCUAUGUUAUGAAAUGCCAUGUGUACACACACAAAUUUUGUGAGAAAAGUAAUAUGUAUGGACACAAUCCUCUGGGAUGUGCUGUGUUAUAGUCAGUAGAAGUUCUGUAAUUAUUGUUUGCAUCCUGUUGUGUGUUACUAUAUAGUAUUAUAUACAACCGUCAACACAACAAGUUCGUAAGAAAUAAAGCAAUAUUACUGCAUUAAAAUUAAUUUAUUAUGUAUAUUGUUACAUGUUUCGAUCCAGGUGGAGCAUUAACAGGCAGUUUUCAUGAGG